AACGACUCGGUACGGCUCGGCUCGGUACGGCCCGGCCCGCCUGCAUGCGGCGGCGGCGGCGGUGGGGAGGCGGCCGGGCGGGAUGAACGGCUCGGCGGCGGGCGGCGGGAGCACGGCGGCGGCGGGGCUGCUGGCGGGAGCCGGGAGCGCGGCGCUGGAGCUGGAACGGGCGCUGCGCUGCUGCACCGCCGCCUCCGUGGUGACCGACGACGGCGGGGCGGCGGCGGCGGCGGCGGCGGCGGACGAGCGGAGCCUGUACAUCAUGCGGGUGGUGCAGAUCGCCGUCAUGUGCGUCCUCGCCCUCACCGUCGUGUUCGGCAUCUUCUUCCUCGGCUGCAACCUCCUCAUCAAGUCCGAGGGGAUGAUCAACUUUCUGGUCAAGGACCGGCGGCCGUCCAAGGAGGUGGAGGCGGUGGUGGUGGGGCCCUACUGA